AUGACCAUGUCGCCGUCCGCGGCGCUGGCCGCCCUGGGGUCCGCGCUGUUCCUGCUCAGCUCGGCCGCCGCCGCGCGCCGCGCGCUCGGCCGCGGGGACGCCCGCGCGGCGGCGUCCGUCGCGGCUGCCACUGCCCUCGUGGCCGCCCUCCUCGCCGCGGUCCGCGCGCACGACCGGGCGCGCGGCCGCCGGCGGCGGGGCCUCCUCCGGGCCGCGGCGUGGGCUCUGUCCGCGGCGCUCACGGCCAUGUUCGCGCGCCGCGUGGCCGCUCUCGCGCCGGGCCCGGCCGCGGCCGCCCUGGUCUGGGCCCUGGCCGGCGCCACGGUCGCCGGAGGGUUCUGCUGCCUCUUCGUGCACGGCCGCGGCGGCGACGGCGACCCUGAUCACGUCGGCGGCGGGCGCGACGCCCGGCCAGCCUAG